UGUCAGUCGAAUUUUCUGAGAAGUCGGAGCGUAUGAUGCACAUCGUAUUUGGAGAAGAGUUGGUAUUUUCGUCAAUCGAAUUUGAUAGGAUAAUAUGCGUUUAACGCGUUUGGAUUUGCCUUGGAACCGUCAUCAGUAGCUGUUGGCCAUGCGGGAGACAAACAAUAACAAAGAGAUGAGUACCAAUUGUAGAGAUCGUAAAACCAUCUUUCACUCACUGGUGCUUAUCACGACUGCGCUGCUAUGCUACUACAACUCGCUUGGAUGUGGAUUUGUCUUCGACGAUGUCUCCGCCAUCAAGGAUAACAAAGACAUUCGGCCAAGCUCGCCUCUGUCAAACCUCUUCUUCAACGACUUUUGGGGAACACCUAUGCAGAAGGAAGAGAGCCACAAGUCUUACCGUCCCCUGUGCGUGCUGACGUUCCGAUGGAACUUCGCGAUGGGAAAGCUCGAUCCCUGGGGAUACCAUCUCGGAAACAUUCUCCUCCACGCUGUUGUCUGCGUUUUGUAUUAUAGAUUGUCGGCGCGGGAGAUCAGAACUCGCUCGCAUCCUCACUCGCCCACGUCUGUCAGUGUCGUGUCGAAGGUGACAGGCGUCGUGGGUCGGGCCGAGCUCUUGUCUUCCACAUUUUUUCUCUCAGCGUUCUUAUCGUAUGCAAACUGCUCUGGGAGGCGCAAGGAAACAGGUGAUGAUGUGAAGGUGAUAGAGUUGCUCUACCUGACAAAGGCCGUCGCGAACGGCAAGAUCGAGGCUCCGGACUGGCUGAAGGCGUCGCUGCUGCGUCUGGUCGUGCUGUGUGGAUGCACGCUGCUGCUGCUCGCCGCCCGCAUGGAGGUGAUGGGCGCCAAGCUACCCGUCUUCACUCAGUUCGACAACCCGGCGGCGGCGGCCAGCUUCCCCGCACGCCAGCUCACGUUCAACUACUUGCUGCCCGUCAACUUCGGCCUGCUGCUGUGGCCGUCGACGCUGCUGUGCGAUUGGACGAUGGGCACGAUCCCGCUCGUAGAGACGCCGCUCGACGGACGCAACCUCGCGACGCUCGUCUUCUACAUGGCCGUCUUCCACGCCGGCCAGUUCGCGCUGUCGCACAACGGCGACCUCCCGCGCCAGGUCAUCAUGGCGCUGGCAUUGCUCAUCUUCCCCUUCCUGCCCGCGUGCAACCUCUUCUUCACGGUGGGCUUCGUCGUUGCCGAGCGCGUGCUCUACAUGCCCAGCAUGGGAUUCUGCAUCCUCCUCGCAAUCGGCUGGCAGGUCGUCGCCACCGAACGCGGAUUGAAAUCCAUAGCGUGCGGCACUCUCGUCGUCACGCUGCUGCUACACUCCAGCAAGACCGUCGCGCGCAACCGCGAAUGGCAGGACGAGUACACGCUGUUUAUGUCCGGACUGAAGGUGACGCAGAGCAACGCGAAGCUCUUCAACAACGUCGGCCACGCCCUGGAGACGCAGGAGAGACACAUGGAGGCGCUCGGAUACUUUCGAAGAGCCGCGAGGAUACAGCCGGAUGACAUCGGAGCGUUUAUCAACAUCGGUAGAGCGUACGCAUCGAUGAGAAUGUACAGGGAAGCGGAGACGGCUUACAAAAGGGCCAUGGUGCUCAUGCCACAGGUUAGGCCGGGUCAGACCUACCAGACCCGCAUCGCGCCGGGCUACCUUAGCGUCUACGUGAACCUCGCCAAUCUGAUCUCCAAAAACGAAUCGCGUCUGGAGGAGGCCGACGCACUGUACAGGCAAGCGAUCAGCAUGCGCAACGACAUGACCCAGGCGCUGAUCAACCGCCUCGACCCCCGCCUCGACCCCCUGGCGGUGGUUCUCGUGGAGCUGAAGAGACACGACGAGGCGCUCGACUACUUUGAGAAGGCUCUGCAGUUCGACCCGGACCAUCGGCAGUCGCUCAUGAACUCUGCCGUGCUCAUACAGGAGUCUGGCAAUCAGCAGCUGCGGCCGCUAGCCUACCAGAGGCUGUUCCGCCUCUUGGAGUUGGAACCAAGCAACGAGAAAAUAUAUUUUAACCUCGGUAUUCUCGGUAUGGACGACAAAGACUUCAGAAAUGCGGAGAUUUGGUUCAAGAAAGCAAUAGAGUACUACCCGGAUCAUCACAAGGGCUUGAUUCUACUGGGCGACAUAUACCUAAACAACCUGCACGAUAUCGCGAACGCUGAAAAGUGCUUCGAGAAGGUGCUGGAGACGGACAAGGACCACGUGCAGGCGCGGCACAACCUGUGCGUCGUCUACGUCGAGCGCGGCUCGCUGCGCGAGGCCGAGCGCUGCCUCGCCGGCGUGCUGGCGCUCGCCCCGCGCGAGGACUACGUGCGCGCGCACCUCAGCAUCGUGCGCACCAAGGUCGCCGAGCUGACGCACGAGCAGUCGUCAUCGUCGGCGACGGCGACGGGGAGGCUGCAACGGCCGGGAGUGUUGCCGCGAGCGACGCGGUUCGGCGACGUCGCGGCGGCGGCAGCGGCCGCGCAGCAUCCGGUGAAGGUGAAGCUGUAG